AGUUCGACGUGGCGACAGCGGGCUGCAUUGAAAUGCUUGAAAACCCCUCAUUAAUGCCUUUUGCACUGCAACUUAUGCUGAAUAGUGUCACUAAAUAAAGUCUUCGUUAUUUCGUUCAUAAACAACUGUGUUUUUUGUCUUCGUUGAGUAGAGUGCUACGUUGUUUCAUUUUGCGGUUUCACACCUUUGUGCCGUCAGUGAGCAAGAAACACAGCUGCAAUGAAGGCCCUUAUCCUUGUGGGUGGAUAUGGAACCAGGCUACGACCUUUGACAUUGAGUCGUCCUAAACCACUGGUGGAGUUUUGCAACAAACCUAUGUUACUUCAUCAAGUAGAAGCUCUGGCUGCAGUUGGUGUCAAAGAAAUCAUACUUGCUGUAAGUUACCGCGCAGAACUUCUUGAACAGGAACUCAAAGAACAAGAAAAGAAGUUGGGAGUCAAGAUCACAACAUCACAUGAAGAAGAACCAUUAGGAACAGCUGGUCCCCUGGCCUUGGCACGUGAUAUCUUAAAGGAAAGCAGUGAACCAUUCUUUGUCUUAAACAGUGACAUCAGUUGUGAGUUUCCAUUCCAAGAGAUGUUAGAUUUUCAUAAAGGACACGGCAAAGAAGGAACAAUUGUUGUCACCAAAGUGGAAGAGCCUUCCAAAUAUGGUGUGGUAGUUUAUAAUGAGACGGGACAAAUCCAAAGAUUUGUAGAAAAGCCACAGACGUUUGUAUCUAAUAAGAUCAAUGCUGGCAUGUACAUCUUCAGCGCUGGUAUAUUGGAUAGAAUAGAGUUGAGACCAACGUCCAUUGAGAGAGAAGUAUUUCCACAGAUGGCUCUAGAUGGACAGCUGUUUGCAAUGAAUCUAAAAGGGUUCUGGAUGGAUGUAGGUCAGCCUAAAGAUUUCUUGAUUGGAAUGGCUUUAUAUCUAAACUCACUCCGACAAAAUAACCCACAAGCUCUACACACUGGUCCUGGCAUAGUCGGCAAUGUGUUAGUGGAUCCAAGUGCCAAGAUUGGUGAUAACUGUAGGAUAGGUCCGAAUGUUGUCAUAGGUCCCAAUGUGACGAUAGAGGAUGGUGUUUGUAUCAAACGUACUACGGUCCUCAAAAAUACAACAAUCAAAUCACAUGCUUGGAUCGACUCGUCUCUGAUUGGCUGGGCGUGUCAUGUGGGACAAUGGGUUCGGAUGGAGAAUGUUUGUGUUUUAGGUGAAGACGUAAUCGUUAAAGAUGAGCUGUACAUCAAUGGUGGACGUAUUCUUCCACAUAAAUCCAUCGGUGCAUCAGUAAACGACCCUCAGAUUAUAAUGUAAUGGUGGACGUAUUCUUCCACAUAAAUCCAUCGGUGCAUCAGUAAACGACCCUCAGAUUAUAAUGUAAUGGUGGACGUAUUCUUCCACAUAAAUCCAUCGGUGCAUCAGUAAACGACCCUCAGAUUAUAAUGUAAUGUUUCCUAGGCAGUGAUAUCUAGUGUUUCCUAGGCAGGUAUCAUGGGUCUUCCAGUGCAGUUGCUACUUUAGGUGCCUUAACCCCAACUAAUAUCACUACAAGAGGUUGCAUUUGUUCUCAGUGAACGGAGUGACAGUCAAACUCGAUGUUUCUUCUUCAAAUUUAAGCGCAUCGCAGCUCACCUCGUGUGUUUUGGUUACCUCACAAAUGUCUCAGUUAUGCGUGCGUUCAAAACUUAACUGUCAAGAUUUACCCCUAGGAAAAUGUUAAUAUCACUUGAAAAUUUUGUGUUUUGUGACAUUAGCUGCUUUUCACCCCUUGUGUAGGUGACCGUUGCUGAGAUAAAUGUUUGAAUUCAGCCUCUGUCCGCGGAUACAUUUUUAAUUGUGAAAAAAAACAUCAAAUCAAAGUAAAACAGUGGAAUGUAUCCAUUGUUUUAUCAUUUACAUCGCACAACUCUCAGCUAAGGAUGUUUGUUUUAUUGCGUAAGCCGCCAUGUAAGCGUACCGCGCAAUUCUCAGUUAAUGAUGUAUUUGUUUAAUGCGCUAGCCGCCAAUGCUGAGAUAAAACAAUGGAAUGUUUAUUUUAUCGUGCCCAACGCACAACCUCUCAGUUUAUGAUGGGUGUUUUAAUGCGCUAGCUGCCAUUGCUGAUAUAAAACAAUGGAAUGUUUCCAUCGUUUUAUCAUGCGCAAAGCACAUUAUCAGCUACUGUUGGGUGUUUUUUGCGCAAGCCUCCAUUGCUGAGAUAAACCUAUGUAAACAUACAGAUGCUACAUGUAUGCUCGCCUCUCAGCAAAUGAUCGCCUUCAUUUGACCUCUCUUAUACAGACAACUAUUUGAGUUUCUUUUGUCAUAUGCAAGGGGGUUAAUUAGCCGAAACGUCUGAUGUCAUGAUAAUAAUUUUGGUUUGAGGAUAAUCAUCUUUCCUCACAGCUAUAGAAGCUGAAUUGCGUAGGAAACGGCUGCAAAGUGUUGGAAGCAUAAGGCAUGUUAAGGCAAUUACGAAUCAUUCAAGAAACUUUGGCAAUAAAGAAUUAUUCUUUUAAUGGCAAGUUCAGCUGCUCCUAUUUUCAUUAGGACCGCUUCUUUAAUGCAAGAAUGUUAGCUUUUUAAAAUGGAUAUAAUAUAUACUAUGAAACAAAUGACGCUGCCUCUAGAGAUACUUUGUGCCAUUUCACAUGAAUUUUUAUAAAUGAUUUUAGUUUACAAUUGGUUGAAUAUUGAAAAAGCAGAUGGUCUCUGUUUUUAGAAGACUGUGGCUUUAUAUUGUAAAGAAAUAAAUUGUGUUUUUCUGUGAAGAUUCUGAUAAUUGAGGGCAUUCUGUUUGACUUGGUGGUUUCUUCACCUCUGUCGACCCUGGUUCGAGUCAUGCUUUAGGCCAGAGCCUCGCAAGAGGACUGGCUUUUCAGUCCCUACUUGAUUGAGUUGGAUUUCAAAAUUUUAGUUUUCCUUGUAAAACUUACAUUUCUUCAACAGUUUCUAUACAUGUCACUUAUCUUCAUGUGUUUGGGUCACAGUGCUAGUCUCUCUUUAGAGAUACAGACCAGAAAUCCCAAAUUGAUAUCAGUAACAAAGAAUUUUUUUUACUCUAUUAUUAAAUUAUUCCCAAUAUGUAAACUAAUUUAUGUAGAUAAUUUGAGCCAGUUUAUGAUAUUUCUUUUGUUUAGGGUGCUAUUUUCUAAAACGCCCAUUUGUGAAACAACUGCUUGUUUUUGAUGCUUUGCUAACUACACAUCGAUGUAAAACUGGGCCAAAAUCGUUAGGUACAAUUGCUAUUGCAAACAUAAUCAAUAAUAAGGCAAAGUAUACCUGUGUUUUUGGGGACCUUACAAUUGUUUUAAUCCUAUAAAAAUAUAAAUGUUUACCAUCAAACAAACCUCUAAAAAAUGAAUUUCAAAUGGUGGUUGCAUUUUCAAGAUACAUGUAUCACCUAAAAUACAUAAGUCCUCGUAAGGGCAGAACUUAUGUCCAAAGUUUUUCUUAUUUUAUUUUGAAUCAUCUAUUAAGAUAUUCGCCCACCGUAGUCAUGACCUCAUCCCAAACCCCAACCCCAACUUGUUCACAUCGCACGAUACACACAAACAGAGACGUAUUGUAAUCUACAUCUUUCUCACUCGGGAACCUAAAAUAACUGCACUAAUGACUUUCAGUAGUUUGUUUAUAACCUACUCAAAGCAGUCCACAGUUUUUUACCAUUAUUUUUGCCAAAUUUGAAUACUGUCACAACACUAAAAUUUUAAGUUUGUACCCCUGUGCCAAUUGUACGAUUGAAUGUAUUGGUAAGGAAGUAGCGCGGCCUCAAAAGGAAAUGAUAUCAGACUACGACAACAAAAUAACCUCUUGCGCCAUCUUCACACGCCUAAGGUUUGCCACUUUUAUCAAGCGUGUAAGCCCACACGUGUUCCUUAAAAAGCGCAGUAUGCAGUAGCACAUGUGGGGCAACAGAGUGGCUGUGUUUAAGGAUGGCUCUGUUUUGUAGUUUGGAUGUGGGGGUUUGCUUUGUCAAAGAUUCAUCGCACAGUUUGAUUUUUUCAGUAAAAAUAUAAAUUCAUUCACAUCCCUUUAAUUCAUUUACUAUCAUGUCACAAUUCUCUGAUUUAUUUUUUUUACCAAAAACAAUUAUUUUCUUGUACAAAUUUUAUAAAUGUCUAACAUUGAGUAGAUUCAACUUGAGUUUUAUACUAGAUUGGUGUACAAUAAUCAUUCCAAUUUCAAACACAUCAGUUGAAAUAUUAUAAAUACGUUGUCAUUUAUAUUGAAUUCCUUGUUUUGCAAUAAAGAGUGACAAAACUAUAA